AUGUUAAGGAACUCUUCCCCACGCGAAUACCUUGGGUUCUCUCAAUUUUUCGCCGUCACAUUUCUUCUAUGGUUUGUAAUAACUUGGUCCAUACUUCCGGACUUAAGUAUAUAUAAAAGUGAGCAACCUUGUCUUAAAAACGAUGUAAUCUCAUUUGUACAAGAAGUUGUGGAUGUUUUGCCGCAACGCUACUGGAUAGCGGUGAUAGAAUGCACUGUAUUGAUGGGGAUGCUUUUCACGUAUUUGGGUAUUUUGGCUUAUAAUGAAGAUGUCUUAACGGUACCGCUCAACGACAUUCGAACACUUACAGACACCCGUGCAAAUGUUGCAGAAACGUCAACAUAUCAGGAAUUUUUAGAUCAGUACGCACAUAAAGAGACUAGUGGUGUGUUGGAUCUGCCGAUCACCGAAGUGUGUAAGCUGCUGUACGAAAGACGAAACUAA